UGUUUCGAUUGCGAAAGCGAUCUGACUGCCAUCCUUAGCUUCCAUUACGAAAAGAGCUUAAUUUUGAAAAUAAACUAUUUAAGAUAAGGUCUUACUAACGAGAUAAUGGUUCGACCGCCCAAACUUAAGCCCAGCAAUGACAUCUGGAUCGGGGAGUCGUGCUCCUUUCCGGGGCGCGUGGUGGCGGACACGAUGCGCAGCCUGGGUAACGACCUGGAAGGAUUGAGUCGCAGCGAGCGCAGGACGCUGGGCGCCCUAAAGAAGUGCUGGAUGCAGAAGCUCCUCAACCGCCGGCCGGAAUCGAAUCGCCGCCCGCCCACGCCAAAGAAACGCCGCUGCCGUGCCCCAAAAUCCACCCAAUCCGCCCCAAGGCAGAUGAGGAUGGUCACACCCCCGCCCGCAGAGGAUGGCAAGGAGUGCAACGUCUUCGAGCUGGAGGACGACGCGAUGGUCAAGAAUCGCAUCUGCAUUCCACGCCUGGCAUCCCGAUGGCGCCUGCGUUAUUUCGAGAUCAUAAUGCCCGCCUACGUGUUGAAGCGGGGAUUACUGGAUGAGCACUUCAGCUGGGAGUUGAUGCACCAGGUCAUGGACGCCACCGACGACGAGGGCACCGCCAUUUUCCAGCAGUUUGUGGACAACGUGGUCAAGGAUCUGAGUCCUUAAAGUAUGUUCGUAUAGAAAAGCCCAUUUCACGCAUUAUUUGUGUUAUGUAAACACAUUUUGUAUUCUUUCGAAAAGAUAACUUGUAUUCUUUUGUAAAAGUCUAUCUUGUAUUCUUGUAUUACUUUCGUAAAAAAAGGUCUCUUGUAUUCUUUUGUAAAAGAUAUAAUGCUAACAGAGUGGCACCUAUAUCCCUAAUUAAGAAAUUAUCAAUCCGGACACAGCUUAAAAAAAUAUAUAGAAAUUGUUAAUUUCAUUUUCAUCUUAUGUUAAAUCGAUAUGAUA